UGCAACGAUAUUUAAACCGAAAUGAUAAUUUAUUUUCUAUUAUUAUUUUUAUCAUUUUCAUUAGAAUAGAUGAUUAUACGGUGUUUCAUACAAUACGAUUUCUGCUAAGUAUAUCCUAUAUGUUUAUUACUCACCAUAGCAACGGCAUCUCUCUUCGUAUGAAAUAUGUUUUUUUAUAAAAAAAUAAACAGUGUGUUUGUUGCUUUAUUUAACAAAAUUAUAUACAAAACAUUGAGUUAUUAGUCGAAAUGGAAGAAUUAAAAGAUGAAGCCAUUCAUCACACAGCACUUAAGUUAGCAGAAGAGAUAAAAAACUUAUCAAUAUACAAAUCAUUUUACAGUGACGUUCAGAAAUUGGUAUCUUCGACAAAUGUUAAAAAGGAAGACUUCAAACAAACCUUACAACAAGCCAUGAAAGAAAAAGGAUUAGAUACAAAGUUAAGAAACACAGUGUACCAUUGGGUGAGAACUCAGACCAAGCAAAACAAAUUGGAUCCUUUAACGUCCUUACAAAAAGCCAGUGCUCAGUGGGAGAAAAGGAUUCACAAAUCGCUAAAUUCAAUGUGUUCUGACUUAGAGACCUCUUUAGCAAAAAUAAGGCCUCAAAGUGAACAAGAUGAACUCUUGGACAAAUGGAAUGAACUUAGCACUUACACCUUAGAUUUAUCAAAGUACAGACCAGUUUACGCACCAAAGGACUUUCUAGAAGUAUUACUAACAUUGUCCGGUUAUGUUCCUUUUACGAAAGAAGAUGAACCUAAAUGGGAAUUCGCGCAUUUACCUCUCCAAGUGAAGACGUUGGAUGAAUUGAGAAAGGUGUAUCCUGAAUGGUCGGCCGGUGAGCCGCUGCUCGGCGUGAACCCUUCGAUGCCGAGUCAAGUACCGGGUUUCGCGACGCUGGAGGCCGAGCGGGUGGGGCUGGGCGAGCGCGUGGCGGCUCUUGCUUACGCCCCUGUGGUGCAGGAGUACCUCAAGAAGGGCAGUCCGCAGGCACUACGGGCUACGCUGUGGUCGCUGGUGCUCGGAUCUGAUGUCAGACAACAGCAAAUAACGGCGUUCAACCAACUCAAAGCAAGUGUCCUGGAGAUAGAUCUGAUGAUUGACAAGCUCAUUUUCAAAGAUGUGCAGCUCACUGCUUCCAACGACGACCAGUACUUCGUGUUCGAGGACCUCCUUUACCAGGUGAUGCUAUGUUUCUCGCGCGACUGCGGCGUGCGGUCGGCGCUGGCGGACGCGGGGUGCGCGGGCGCGCCGCUGACGGUGGCCGUGCGCGGCCGCCACGCGCCCGCCGACCGCCUCACCGCCUUCCCGCCGAGCGGCGUCAUUCCCUUCCACGGCUUCUCCAUGUACGCGACGCCAUUCUGCUACCUGUACGACGAUCCGGUGCAGCUGUAUUAUACGUUCCGGGCCUUCUACAUCCGCUACUGGCACCGGCUGCAUUACAUUUCGACUCAUCCACAGGGUAUUGUUUCACUGUGUCUGCUGUAUGAAAGGCUUUUGGAAGCAAAUGAGCCUCUACUAUGGAUACAUUUUCGAAAUAUUAACAUAAAUCCUAUAAGGGUGGUCUUUAAAUGGCUAAUGCGCGCCUUCAGUGGCCACUUGCCACCCGACCAGCUUCUUUUGCUGUGGGAUGCCAUACUUGGCUACGAUUCUCUCGAAAUCCUACCACUUUUAGCGCUGGCAAUACUGAGCUUCCGAAAGGAGAACAUCUUUCAAGUCAAUACGCUGCAAAACGUAGACGCGGUACUGGCCGACUUGUCUACGAUUUCGGUCAUUCCGCUUUUGCAGUUGGCACUCAUGAAGCCUUAGCGGCCAGUGUUGUCAUAUAAAUAAUAUAGUUUUUUUUUAAUGUAAAAGCUUUAGCAGACUGUCGUACCGGACCCGCAACCUUGGUCCGGUCAGCUAAUCUUUCUCGUUUUCACUCAUAGCUGCAUGCUUAACGGACGUACGACGAAUCAUCUUCAACUCGAUCGAACAGGCCUCGGACCGUACCAAGGUCGCGGUCCGGUACGCCCGCCUGUGACAGCUUUAAAGCUAGGAGUUUUUUUUUGGUAGUUUAAUUGAAGGAAAUAUGUUAUUGAAACUUGUUAAUGUUUUGUUAUAACUGUAUACAGUUACAUGUCGGGUUUGUGCAAUACUUGAUAAUGUUUUUUCUAGAAACAACAAGCAAUAAACCAGUCAUGUUACAGUUUUGAAAGUUGAAUGUUUCUUAAUAUUUCUGUCCGUUUAUGGAAGUUAUUUCUACAUAGAACUUCUAGUUUGGUAUACAUUUUCACUUUACAGAAGCAGAUUACUAGUUACACCUGUGUUUCCUUGGCCAAAAUUAAGCCUUUAAAUGCCAUUUAAAGUAUUGCAAAAUGAAUAUAUAAUAAAAUUAAAAAUGCAUAAUUUUGUUAACUAAUUCAAGUGAAGCCCAGGUCAUAAGGGUGAUUGAUUGUAAAAUUGCAACGGCGCAUAAUAAAUAUCUACAGGUUCAUAUAGUUUGUGUCACCCACGAUGACCCGCAGAUUAGUCAAAUCUAACCUUUAAUAACACGAUAAUAAGAGUCAAGGCACGCGUCUUCGUGAAUGACACGAUCCAUAGCUUCAUACCUAUGUGUAGUCUCCGAAACUCGUUUACGUAUGACGUUUUAAAGGUUAACAGGCAUAAGCGACAUAUCAGUUUUAUAACUUUGUAGGCCAUGAAAUAAUUGAUUAAAUAAGAUAUAUAAACA